AUGAAGAGCGGUUCGGGCAGUGUGAGCGUUGAACGUGUGCAAUCGUCGAUGACGGUCCUAAGUGAGGAAGCGUCGAACAGAGAGGAACGCUUCGUGACCCUUAAGAAGAUCGCGAAAGUUCAUGGACGUGCAAUCAUCGGUGUAUCUUACAUACAAGAUCCUUAUUCACAGGAAGAUUACUUAAUAACAUGCGCCCAUGAUUCUCUCAAAGUAUGGCACGUGGAUAAAAAUGAUCCAGGAACAUUAACGGAGAAACAAGAAAUCAAAGGAUGGAGGAGCGGCGCGCAGGAUUUCGAUGCUACAUCCGAUGGGGCAAUGAUAGCAGUUGUUGGUAUCGAUUCUUUGAUGUAUGUGUUUAAUUUAUCUUUGUCUGACUUCACAUAUAACGCUGAUAUUUUCAACAUGGGAUUCAUGGAGCAGUGGUACGUUAGAAUAUCACCCUGCCGAACUCAUUAUCUUACAGUAAGUUUUUCUGGAUUUUUGUCGCGGUUGUCUUUGAAAGGUACUACUGAUGAUAAUCUCAGUUUUCCCGGAGCACGACAGGUCUCUUCGUUAUCAUAUAGUCCAGACAACAAAAUGAUUGCCGUAGCUAACAAUGAAGGGAUUGUCACAAUUCUCAAUGUACCAAAACUUGAAAUUCGAUUUUUCUUUGAAGCACAUGCAAUCAGAGUGAGAGCAACAUGUUUUUCCCCGUCAUCGGAUAACUUGUUGACUGGCUCGGAUGACAAGAUUGUCAAACUUUAUGUAAUCCGCACAGAGAAAGCACAAUUGGUUAAAAGUUUUUGUGGUCAUAAAAGUUGUAUUACAGCAAUAAGUUAUAAUCCUCGAGAUCCACAAAUGUUUGCAAGUUCAUCGAACGAUGGCUCUGUAAUUCUAUGGAGUACUACAGAAGACUGUGCACUUCACAUUUUUCAAGGAGCUCAUGAGGGAGUGGUGAAAGGUCUUUCGUUUUCGGUAGACGGAGUGUGUAUAGCAAGCGUUGGUGAAGAUCGUGCAGUUUGUAUACACCGUUUGGGUAAUCGGAAAUCUGUAGUAGAACUCGCUGAAAGCAACUGGUCAACCAAUCAGAAACUUGAUAGCCAACAAAUAGAUUACAGUGCAACGAUUGCAAACAAGAAUUCCAUACUGAUAACUUCCGAAAACAGGAAAAAUGGUGAGGAAGAAGAUGAGCUCCUAAUGAGAGCGAAGAGAGAUCUGGAAGGGAUAAGUGAUGAAGCAUCGCCUGAGUGAGGAAACACCUGGAUAUAUAUAAAGUUGGAACUUAUCGUUGUUGUUUGAAGUAUUUCCUUUAGAUCAAUAAUUAGCUUCUUGAUUACAAGAGGAUUGCACAGUUCUGCACUCUCUGCAUUAUCUUUCAUUACCGCGUCAAGUAUUUCAGUUAAAAAAUUGAUUCAAGUAUUUUGCCAUCGAUUGCAGAUUUUAAAUUUUUUCAAGUGGAAG